UUAUAAAAAAAUGUCGAUUUAAUGAGUUUGUAAACAAGUCUAUUCGAAUGGAGAUUAUUUCUAUUCUAUUACCUAGUAUAAAUAAAAAGAGUACUUACAAUUCUAAAUGAAAUAUUUAAAUCAGACUAAAAACUAUUUACUGGCACUGGCAUAUGAUAAAAGAAAAGAAGCAGAAAACAAAAGAAUACAAACGUGUAUGUGUUUUGACACACGCGUUUACAAUAUUUUCUUAGUGAUUUUAUAAAUUAAACAAUACAAAAUUAUCAGUUACAUUUGGAAGAAAUUGGCGAUGGACGAUGAAAACGCGAAGGAAGAGAACCAUCAACCAUCCUCAAGUAAAAAAGAAAGCCAAAGAGAUUCCGAGAAGGAUUUGUAUGACGGGAAAAGAGAAUAUGAAGAAAGAGGCAAAUACGAUAGACAUGACGAUGGCGUAUCCGUUAGUGAAUCUUUCACGACCGGUUCGGAUUCUGUAAAAAGUAGAAUAGAUACGGCAGAUGUUAAUCCCGAGAUCCCAAAACCUCCAAUGGAGAAGGGAAAACGAGAGAAGCCUAAGAGGAAGAAACGUGGUAAACGACGUAAUGGGAGAGUGGAAAAGAGGCGUUCGCUAGGACGACGUCAAGUUUUCCGGAGAGCCCCAAAACGGAGGUUAAGGGAGAGAAAAGAAAUACGGGAUCUGUCAGUCUCCACUAUCUUUACCAGCAGUUCUAGAAUCCUGGGUUGUAAGCACUGCGGGCAUCGUUGUUGCCGCCGAAGGUAGAUUUUGUUUUGAGACUUUUAUACGCUUUGUAAAUUGUUCAAAGUUUUGUUAUUAAAUCUUGCUUAU